AUCCUCAGCAACAGUUCCUGGUUCCUCAUCCACCUCCAGUUCAGCAUCCCACUUCGGUGCAGUAUCCAGUUCCUCAGCUGCCACCAUGGCCUCAGGGGCCUAUGCGUCGCAGACACCAAAAGAAAAUGCAAAGGGUGGAAGAGCCCUACAGGAGGCUCCCCAGCUCCACUGGUGUCAGUCAGACCAUCACAACUCAGCUGAAACAGAUGAAGGCCUCCCUACAGUCCCUGUUAGUGACAUGGAAACAAGACAAGCUGGAGUUGGCUGCCAUCUGUGUGGCUGUGUACGAUGAUAACUGUCUGACCAAGAUCUUGUGGCUGGACAAGCCCGGCACUCACAUCUUCAUGUUGUUUGGGAACAAGGGAGUGAGGAUCGAGGUGUAUGGCCUUGGGAAGGUCGGGAACAACAAUGAUGCCUUUUUUGUUUCAGUUAGUGGUCGGCAAACUUUGAAAGUGACACAUGCUAAGGAUUAUUCACAGUGGGAGACUUUAGUGCUGAGGAGAAAGACCUGUGAUCGUAAUCUAUUGGAUGCUUUUGUGAUGAAGGAAUAUUUUCAAAUGCACCCUACGCGUAUGGUGCACACCCACUACAAAAUGAGCGUUGAAGAUCCAGAGGGCCAAACUCAGAAACAUAAACCUCAUCAUCAUUCUGUGACCGACAGACCUCUCAACAAUAAAAUGAUCACUACAAGCACUGCCACACCAACACAUGCAUCCACACUUGCCCAGACCCUUCUUCAAUCUGCUUGCAAUGCUUUUCAACCCCCUACUACAGCAUAUACAGGCUUGUACACUGUGCAGAACCCCAUUUUCCAAACAGAAGACUCAAGUGCUUUACUGGACAGAACAGUAGACAGAACCUUUAAAAAUGCACUUGACAUUAUCGGUGCAGUCCUGGGCACCACCCCAGUGAACAAUCAACAGAAACAUGGCAAGUUGGAUACCAAGAGUAAAUAUACCACACAAGACAACAUCAGCAUAGAAAAGCCUUCAAGUAAUGUUUCUCAGGCUAUCAACAAACCACACACAUCGUUAUACCCUAUAAUAUGUUCAGAUUCCUUGUCUGAGCUGUCAGGGUCGCCUACCUCCACAGAUGAUACUGACACAGAGAGCACAUACACCUCACUGGGCACCACAACCACACUCCGUGAGGUGAACCAAAAUAUUGCCCAGUCGGGCAUUGAGACACUUGGGUCAUAUGAUGACACUGUCCUUACUGCUUUGGAUGGUGCCAACAUGGGAACUUCUGGCAUCACCCUUGGUGAAGCCAACAGACAUGGUGUUACCACAGAUGAUGCUACCAGGUAUGGUGUCACCACAGGUGAUGUUGCUGAAGUUUGUGCUGUUACUCCCAGUGAAGCUGUUGCCUGUCGCAAUUCUGUUUCCAGUGAAAAUGUUGCAGAUAUAUCUUCUUUUCUUGUCCUUGAUUCUAUCGGAGACCAUCUCACUGGGUCAGACAGUGACUUUGAAGGGAAUGCCUUUUUAUGUUUUGAAGAGUUUGAUGAAACUGUGCAAGCUCCUGUGAAGAAAUCAAAGCAUAAAAAAUGGUGA